AUGCUAGAGGAGAAAAACCUAGAUCUUCAGCAACCGCUCUACGAUAAGUAAGCGGAGAGAAAUCUGCAAAAUCCUGAUGAAUAUUAUGGGAAUUAGAGUUCAAACAGCAUUGUGAAUCAAAGGCUAAUUGAGAAGUAUGAUCAGCUUCUAAAAAUUCCAUUCGGAUCAUAAGUCACGAUGAGAGAUUUUUAACUAUAGUCUUUGCAAAUAUAUAAUGAGAAAUACUUAUUGGCAACUAUGGAAUAUACUGGAGAAGACUGCAUAAUGUUGAAAGAGAUUUAGCUCUUACAUUUUGAUAACUUUCAGAUAUUGAAAAGAAGAGUUUUAGAAUAUUAAACUCUCCGUAUGACAUAAUUUACAUCAAACAACCAAAGAUAUUUCCAUUUAUUUGAUCUUGAUAACAACGAAUAUAAAGUAUACAUUACUGAAGACUUACUGGAUGGAAAAAAAGAAUUCUUGAAAAUCAAGUUAAACUGGGAAGAAGGAUUCAUUUUAAAAAAUAUGAGCAUUCUUGAUGAUGAUCACAUCUUUUUCUCAACUCCAUAUUAAACUUAAGAAGAAGAUGUUUAAACUUCUUUAGAGUAAAUUGGAUUGAUGAGAUUGAACAUUGAACUCAAUAAACUAGAUCAUUAAUGCUUAACAGUAAUCGAUCUUAAAGAAUACUAUAGUGACUUAAAAUAGAAUGUUGAUUCCGUUUAAAAAUCAGAGAUUCAAGUUUUUUCAUCAAAAGAUAUGAUGAUAACUUAUCUUGUUGGAGUAAAAAAUUAGACCUUAUCAACACUUCAAUGCAAAGAUUUUUUAGUGCUAUAUCCAUCUUCAACAUUAGAAGAAUCUGAGAAUCAAGUCGAAGAUAUUAAGCUUUAUCAUCAAUAAGAUACAUUGGUUUUGAAUGCUAAGACCUUGGAAAUACACAAGAUCUAUCAUGAUAUUAUACUCUUCAAAUAAUAGUAUCAAGGUUAUGGGAUCUGCAAUCGGGUACUUCACUAGUUGGAUCUUUAUCAAUUACUUGAAAAUGGUGAGAUUCAGCCCAUAAAUACAUUCAAAUUAACAGAGGAUAAGAUCAAAUCCGAAUAUGAUUAUGAUAGUAAUAAUAUUUAAGUUAGCAAGAAUAAGAUAGUUAUAUUCUAGUCCAAUAAUGAUAAUUUCAUGGCAACAAUAUACAACAGAAAAAACUUUAAACUUUUGAAUGAAUUCAAAAUUCCAAAAGAGGAAUUUUAUCAUUAUCCAUACGUAUUAGGGAAUACGGAUUUUACUAAAUUCUGUGCUGUAUUCGAAGGCGGAUAGAAUUCCUAUCAAAUUAAACUUACAUACUCUUAUUGCGAUUUCAACAAUAACUAAUGGUACUAAGAUUCUCCUAAAAGUAUAAUCAAGAGUGAAAUCGAGUAAAUUUCAGUAGAUAAUAAGAGCAAUACUAUUGCUUACUUUGAUAAAUAAAAUCUCAUAAUCUGCGAUAAAAUUUCAUUCCAGUAAUAGUUUGUUAAAGAUGAAUUAUUGACACAAAGAAAGAACAUUGGAUAAGCAAAUUCUUCGUUUUUAAGGAGCUAAGUCACUGAACUAUCAUUAUUGGAACAAAUUGAUACUUUAGGAAGGUUUAAACGACAUUUUAAAUUAGGUUAAUUACUUUGCCUCCUCUAAUUUUAAGGGAGUGAUGGAAAGAUUACCCUAAUUAUAGUUGAUUUGAAAAACCCUAGUUCUCAAAUCAAGAUAGACAACGGUGACAAGCCUAUAUAAUAGGUUCUUUUGCUAAGUCAAGAUCAACAAAGAACAUAAUUUACAAUAGCUUUAAAGCAAAAUUAUUCGUAGUUAAACAUUCUAAAAAUAAACAUUAACGAUUAAAAAUUCUAAAUUGAAGAAGUUUUUGGAAAUAAUGAACCAAGACUCUUGUAUCUUUCAGAAGAUCCCUAUUUCGGUGUAAAAAAUGUUAUAUUGCUUAGAACAACAGGAUUUUAUAUCUUUGAUCUUAUUAAGAUGCAAGAAAGACAACUUUAGCAAGACCAUAUUAAGACUUAAUUUAACCCUAACUUUUAUGGUGCGAUGCUUGUUGAUUAUUAAUAAAGAAUUUUUUAUGCCUAUUAAAGAAAUACCACAUACUUCUAUGCUAUUGACUUUGAUACAGGAGAAUAUUUAAAUAUAGGCUUUAAAGAAAUUCCUAAUGCAAGUAUCGAAAAACUUAAAUUUAUAUCUGGCUAUCUUGUUGGACACUUAGGCGAUGACGAAUUUGUGUACUUUUAACUCUAAAAUAGGAAAAUCCAUAAAACUAUUAGAAUAAAAUAUUCUACAGCAAGAUUAAGAAGAUAUGAUUAAAUACAUAUACCCUACAAACUCAGAUGGUAGGAUAUCACUGAAUAAAGAGAUAAAUAAAACCUAUUUUCAGUUCUUGACUUGAUUCAGCAUGUGAAAGAGGCAAAAUAUAUCGACAUAUGUGAGGAGAAAGGCAUAGUAUUCUACGAAGAUAUUGAUAGCUCCUAACCUCUAAGCUUUUUCAAUCCAUUCUUUACUUCGCUAGAUGUGUAAAUAGUUAGUGAAAUGGCUGACAAAAAUCCAAAACAACAAAUCUAACAUAUCUAAAAUAAUCUAAAAUCAUAUUUGAAAUAUUACCCUGAAAUAGGAAAUAUAUUCAACGUUGUUGCUCUUAAAGAUUCACUUCUAUAAUAAAUGCCAGCAAUGCUUGAAACUAUUGAACAAGAUGAAAUUCCAGCAUUAUUUCUAAAAAAAUCUAUUCCUUAUGGUAAAUCACCUCUCCAAGCUGCAAUUGAAUGUAACUAGAGAAAAAAUAUUCAAACUAUUGUCGAAUUGAUUCUAAAGUACUAAGGAGAUAAAGCCUUUAACUAUCUCAUUGACGAAAAUCUCUGCAGUUUAAUGAAGCAAAAAAUAGAUUUAACCAAUUAUUUUGCAAGUAACAUGUCUAUGUACCAGAUCUAAACUGAUAACUUCAAACCACUUCAUCCUGACCCUACAGAGCUCAUUGCUAGUAUCAACGGAAUAGAGAACCUUUAAGAAAUUGAAUCGAAAUAUGAUGAAAUUUUUGGUCCUCUUUUAUUAGACUCUCAUGAUGAGAAUCAAGAAAUAAGCGCUAUUGAAUAUUUUGUGAUUAAUUUGCCUCAAACAAUAGCAUCAAAUGACCCAAAAUACCUUAUGCAAACACUUAGCUAGUCUAAUAUUGAUGAAUACUUUGAAAAUGUUACCAUUUAAACAAUCAUCAUGUACAAGUGGGAAACCUAUGCAAAGAGAUAUUUCAGUAACUAAUUCUUCAUGUUUUUGAUAUUUUUGUGCUCUUACAUCUUUGAGGUAUUUUACUCUCUUAAGCUGGGGAAAACUCAAAAAGAAUACAUCUAAGACGAACGAAAUCAAUGGAUUAUGAUUUCUAAUAAGAUUCUAAGCAUUCUUAUAUUGUUAUACUUCUUGAUGCAUGAAAUCAAAUAAGCUUAAUUAAAAGAUGGUUACCUUAAGGAACUUUGGAAUUUAUUUGAUUUCUCUCUCAUAUUCGUUUAUGUAUUCAUGAACUUUAUUGAGUUUCUAACUGAUUAUCAGAACAUACUAAUAGUCUUACAGAUUUUAAUCGUGGUUUUAUCAUUUAUCAAGGUUAACUUUUUCUUGAGGAUUUAUGACAAUUUUAGUUUCUUAGUAACGAUGAUCUCUAGUGUGUUUGCAGACAUAAAAUACUUUUUUGGAUUCUUCAUAAUAUUUAUCGUUUAAUUUGGACUAAUCCUCAGUAUUUUAUUCUAAGAUUAAUGGAUCGAAGAAUAUGAUAACAUAAGUUCUAUUUCCUAUUUCUUAAUGGCAUUCAGAAUUUCCUCUGGUGAUUUUAAUACUGAUGGCUAUAAAGAUUAGUAAUCUUAUUUGGUCAUAAUUACAUGGAUUAUCUGGAUAGUUGCAGUUCUUGUUUUAAAUGUGGUAUUCAUGAAUUUCAUUAUUGCAGUCAUUUCAGAGUCUUAUGAGAGGAUAAUGCAAAAAUAAGUAGCAGAAUAGUUUAGAGUUAAAGUAUAGCUUAUAGCAGAGAGAGAAUUGUAUUUUAAAGAAGAUGAUCUGCAAAAUCGGUAGUACUUCCCUCACCAUCUCAUUUUGAGAAAGCCAAUCAAUUAAGCCGAAUCAGAGAAUGGUAAUUUUGCUUUUUAACUUUAUAUAGGAGAGUUAUAAGGUUUUAUGAAAGAUAUUAAGGAAACAAUUAAUAAUUCAGCUAAGAAAACAAAGAGCGAAAUUAUCUAAACCUUGACUAGCAGUAUUGCAACCAAGAAUUCCUUGGAGGAAUACAAUUCAAAGAAUUAGGCAAAACUCUCAGAAUUGGAAGGUUAAAUAUUUGAUAUUCAAAAGACUCUCGCAUUGAUUUUGGAAAAAGUUCAAAACAAUAAUAAUCAGAGCUCUUGA